CCAGGGGCUUUAAAAAGAGCACCAUUUUGUGCCGGCUAGUACGGAAGGCGGCGGGAUAUCGAUUAGUGUUGGGUGUCCCGUUGAAGUGAAAGAAGUUGCAGUGAGCAAAAGAAAAGAAAAGAAAAAAGUGCCUCUUCCUGCGCAGUUUAAAAAAAAAAAAAAAGGUCGGCGGCCGGCGGCAGAAUAUAGUAACGAAGCAGCAGGGACUGAUCCCUCGCCAACUCUCUCGGCCGCAGUAGCUGUUCGACGGCAGACGGCGGCGCUGGAGAGACCGCGAGCGAGUCGCCGCCACCGCCGCGGCGCGAGGAAGACGAUGAAGCACGAAGGAGCUGGAGCCGCCGCCGUCACCAGCAGUCAUGGAGCGGCUGCCGCCGCUACUGCCGUCACCGCCCCAGGGGGAUUGGGACUACCGAGCUCCGACGUGGCGGCGGCGGCGGAGAAAGUUGUCCACUCCCGCUCGCAGGUGCUGUUCGGCGGCGGCACUAAGGCUCUGGGCGACGCCUUCAAGCUCCUGGUGCCCAAGUCGACGGAAUUCAUGAGCUCGGACGCCGAGCUGUGGAACUUCCUGUGUAGCCUCAAGCACGAGUUCUCGCCGGUCAUUCUCCGGAGCAAGGACGUCUAUGGGUAUGCCUCCUGCCGGGCCUUAGUGCCGGACUUGCCCCGAGGCUUUGCGGCGCCGGCGUCGACGGGCAGAACAGAUCGGCCGUGGAGGAGAGCCGCCGCCAGGGGGAGGCGCCUGCGAGUCGCUGUGGCCGCCGGCGGAGGCGACACCAAGAACAGAGGCGGCGGCGCAAAGAGGACGGCCAAGAAGCGCUGCAAAGAAGUGGUCCCUUCAGCCCCAGAGGCGACGGCGCCGACGCCUGAGGCUUCCCCCUGCGGUGGCGAGGGCCGUCAAGAGCACACACAGCAGCAGCCCCAGGUGGAAUUCGAGAAAGAGAAGCCGGCGUCUCCUGUCCCGGUAGUUUUGCCCUUACCACCGUGGACUCCCUUUGAGGGCAGGUCCCUCGAGGAGAUCUGGAGGGCGGCCACCCCCGGCCUCACCUCCUUCCCCACCAUCAAAGUGCGCGGAAACGUGUGGAACCGGCGCAACUUAGAAGCCAUGCGGCGCAGGGCGCAGCGCAUCUUGCAGGUCAACCUGGCGCCCGUAGUGAUGGUCCGCCGCUUCCCGGUGAUCGGAUGUUGAGGGGUAAUUGUUCCUCGAAGGAAUCGCGAAUGAUGCCUUCGUAACCCCACGUUAUCUGCCCCAUGGACUGAAGGGAGGAAAGAACUAAGGCUUGGGAUGUUUUCCCCCCCACGAUACAGCGAACAAACGAAGGGGGGCAAAUAUCAGUCAGCUGUUUACAAUUUCUGGAUUGUGUCCUCUUUUAUUCAAUGAACUGCACUUUAGGGGGAAGUCUGAGGGAUGUCGCCCCUUUCCUAUCCCUCUUCACUUCUGGAUCGGAAGCCUGCCCCCAGGUGGCUACUUUCCUACUUCACACACAAGGCUAUGAUCCACAGUAAAGACUCUUCUGCUUACCUUGGGCUGAGGGGGCUACUUGGCAUGGAGAAGAGAGGCAGUCUUGUUUCCUUUACCCUGGAGUCACUUUUCUUACUUCCCAUUGGAUUACCUCACUAGUUUGGUAAAGAGAUCAGUUGCUUCCCCCUUUUCCAAAGGAACUUUCUGACCUACCACAAUGAAAUGCCAAUUAAUUUUUUUAAGAAGUAGCCAACGGACUAUUAUGUAUGACUUUUGUGCAGUUGCACUAUAUGCUCAGGGUUACUUGAAUAUACUUAGUGUUUUCAGUUUCAAAUGACUGACUUAAGCUUUGACCAAGGAUGCUCAAGGAAUGAAGACUUAACAGCUUAUGGCUGACUUGAUGGUGCAAAAUGUUUCACUCCUUUUGUUCUUCUUUAAUUUUUUUUGUAAAUAAGUUGGACUUGGUGAUGACAAACUUUCAAUAUAAAGGUCAAAUGUUUUUUAUGUAAUAAAGUUUUAUAGCUGAAAUGAACUAGUAUUUCUAAUACAGCUUCUAAAAAUGAAAAUUGUAUUGGAUACAACAAUUUUAUAUAAUCUUUACUUUAGAGAAGCUCUUAAUCAAAUGAAAACU